AUGGUGAUGGUCCUCUCUUCCUCAUUGUUGUUUGCGCCCUGGGUGCUGCUGCAGCUACUACUACUCUCUGGUUGUCAUCAUCUUCCAGUAGCAGCAGCAAGGCUACGAGGUGAAGAUGGGACCUUGUCGCUAUUGGUGGCGGUGCCACUGAGCGGAAUGGAUCCAGGCUUUUUCCACCUCGCAGCGGCGCGGUUGGCCGUGGAUCAUUUCAACCAGCGCAAUGCUUCCGUCGUCCAGUCCCUGGGGUCUUCUUUUCCAACCAAGGAUUGCAACAUUACCUUUGGACGGGUCAAGGUGAUGGAUACAGGCGGCGACGGUCAUGAAGCAAUGCAGUCGAUCUUUGAGGAAUUCAUCCACAAGGAAGAAGAAGAAGAAGCCAUCUUUGUACCCGAUGCCAUUGCGGGGCCGUAUCAUCCACUGAUUCCAGUGCUGGAUCUGAGUGCCGUGGCAACUGGAUUGCAGAGUCCCAUGGUGGCACACAAUCAAGCAUUGGAUGAAAUGCUGCCCGAACGGCAUGCCUUUACACUCAAGUCUCCCCCGAUUGGCACACGGAAAUGGAGUUUGUCGCUCGAACAGGGGAUGGAUCAUGUUCAGACAUUUGCCUACGAACAACAAGCGGACGAAUUGCCAGACUGGAAACUAUCUCACGUCCUGGAACAAGUCAAACAGUCUGGUUACCAAAGCAUCGUAUGGCUUCCGGGCCCGGAAAACCACAGCGGUGUCAUUACCGAACUGGGAAAAUCCACGAGAGAGUUGGAACUGGACCAGGGAAACCACUUUUGGAUCAUUCCCAGCACCAGCUGUAGUCCUGGUGAUGACAGAGAGCUGAUAUGGAAAGAUCAUGCCCUGCAUCUCAAAGCUCGCUUUCUAAAGGGCGCAGCCUACAUCUCACCCUCGGAUCAUGUGGGUAGUGGCUAUUCCAACGACGACAGCGAGGCUCCUUUGGAUUCUUUUCGAGCCUUCUUGGUACAGCACGAUGCAGACUUUCUUCACAAAGUGAGAGAAUGGAACCCCAUCUCCAACUAUCACCAACCAGAACUGGAUCAUCUGGCGGACACCUCCCGAAUGCCAUUACAUAGCUUGGCCAUUCAGCUCAAAAGCUCCAUGCCAGGAGUGGCAUUCAUGUAUGACGCCAUCAUGGCCAUUGGCAUUGGCGCCUGCCAAGUCAUGACGCAACCAGAACGAGGCGGCAUGACCGGGCAGCAACAUCAGGAGGGAAUACGGUCUGUGGACUUUGAGGGGGCGUCGGGACGAGUCAAAUUUGGUGGAAUCCAGAAACGUCCGGGCAGCCGAGCGGCAAGCACCGUGCCCUUUACCGUAGCAAACUUUGUUUGGAGCAAUCGAACCAAAGGCUUGUUUCUCCAAGAGUCGGAGAGAUUUGUGAGAGGCGAGUGGAUUCAGGUCAAUCCGUUUGUCUUUGCUGACGAUACAGCCAACUCCCCGCCUGAGCUCCGUUCGCAGCCCGAGCAAAACUACAUUUCCAGCGGCGCAAUUCUCACGGAAAUGAUACUCUUUGUGAUUUCCAUCGCCAUUGUCAUUGCUUCGGCCGUUUGGGUCUUCUACAAUCGGGGCCAUGCCAUCGUCAUCAAUGCCCAGCCAGGGUUCCUAUAUACGAUUUGCUUUGCGGCCGCAUUAAGUAGUACAUCCAUCGUCCUGGCUGGGUUCGACGAGAGUUGGGGCUUUGAACAAGAGGAUCUCGACUUGUCAUGUUAUAGCUGGAUGUGGUGUGAUGCCCUGGCGAACACUCUCAUCUAUGGAGCUCUUUUCACAAAGCUUUGGAGAGCCAAACAGGUUUUCAACAACAAGAACACAGUCAGUCUAUGGCGACUGUUGUUGCCUGGUGCAUUGAUGCUGCUCGUUGUCAUUGCCGUUUUGAUUGCGAUGAAACUUCACGGUAGCAUUAGAUGGACCCGAUUGAUCAUAGACGACGCGUCGGAAGAGAGUGUUGGUAUCUGUUCAGGGCGAUCGUCAUACCAUUAUCUUGUGCUCCUCAACUGCAUCUACCUUAUUCAAGCUGCAAAGACGGGAUUCAUGGCAUGGAGAACUAAACCAUCUCUCUCGGAAUCCAAAUGGGUCUUGGCAUUUCUCCUUGUGCAAUCGCAGGUAAUUCUGGUGGGUGCUCCGAUUAUCGUGUUGCUCAACAAGAUCAAUUCGAGCGCUCGGUCCAUUGGAUUUGCACUUCUAGCGUUUUCAUUCCCCGUUAGCGUUUGCGGUCUCAUCAUCUUUCCAAAAGUGCUUGCCGUGACUCGAAUGAGACGGUCCGUGGAUGCCACAUCUCGUCGAGGAUCGAAUGUGGCCCUGUCGGAAGGCGACAUGGGAUCAAGUGCUCGUGUCGAUGAUCCGUUGGCUGUUCGAAACGAGUGCACAGCGAGGAAUGCCAGAAGUCUGGCCGAUUCUCGGGUUCAGAUGGUUACCAUUGACGACUAG